AUGGACAGUGCGAACUUUGCCAUUGACAUUUCUGCACAAAACAUGUGGUUUCACCGCUACAUACUUGUCCUGCAAAAGAGGUUUGAAUGGGACAUCCACGCGAUAUACGUAUCUGGUGACCCUGCUAGGCUCACAGAUCUAAACUUGGUCCGACGAACGGCAGGCGAAAAUGUGAUCUCCAGAUUGCUAGAAACUAUCAAUUGCGAUGCCCUUUGCGCGCGUGCAGAGACGUUACGUGAUGGGAUCAAAUGUACUGUCAAUCUCCCGUCAGCCGAUACAGCGUACUUCAACUUUGACGUCCUUGGUGGGUGUAACUACCAUGGCUCGAUUGUAUUUGAAGACGGUAAGACUUGGUUAGCAAGGUUCAGACUCCCAAAUCACAACGAGCCCCCACUGCAAGAGAGGAACUUCGACAGAUGCAGUGAGUUUGCAACAUAUCGCUUCCUUGCUAGAACUGCUGUUCCAGUCCCCGAGGUAUACGACUGUGCUGAUGACGACGAUCCUAUAAACCUUGUUGGCGCUGGGUAUAUUCUCCUUGAAAAACUAGCUGGGAAGCCAUUGGCCUGGGAUGAAGCAAGCGAUAGCUGCCAGAACCGGACCAGCCUUCUUCGACUACGGCCCGAGUGGAAACUUGAUCCCAUUCGGCUCAUUCAGUUCUUCAAACGACUACUACACCGCCUUAAUUCAACAGAGAAUCCAGCUAUCAAAACCGGUGAGAUCGCAUCUUCUGCGCCUCUUGAUCAAUACCUUGUCUAUAUGAGUCUCCUUGACUAUCUCCCAGUAAAUGAGUCUGGUCCUUUUUUCCUCCGGCAUGUGGAUUCUAGAGACACGAAUUUCUUAGUCGAUAAUGACUACAAUAUUACUGGUAUCAUCGACUGGGAGCUAGCUAUUGUCACCUCAAAAGGCUCGGCAUUCCAAUCACCUCUCUUGCUGUACAAUUUGGGCGAAUUGUAUCAUGAAGGUCUCUCAACGCCAAGCGAAGAUGAAAGGCGCCUUUCGAAGAUCUUGCGGGAGGAGAAAAGGGCAGUUGAGCUUUCUACAUUAGCUGAGCAAAAGCCGAAUUUUAGAGUAGAUCAAGUUAUUGAGACUGAUCCUUGGGAUCGGCAGAAUUUUGUGAGACUUUUUAGUGGGUGGUGGAAAGCCACCAAUGGGGUAGAAACAUUCGAUUGGGAUGCGUGGUACAAGCAGGCACUUGACAAGUAUGGUGAUGGAGGCCUAUGA